AUGAGUAACAAAGUUAACUUGACAAAAUGGCUGCCAAAGCAACAUAAUGACCGUUUACGGUUAUUUCAAGAGUCCCGAGCUCUCGUGAGGAAUUUGAGAGCUUUGGGCAAAAAAUUUGCCACGGAAAUUAACGUUGAUUUGCCUGACUAUUACGAGUUUGAACGUUUGCUCCAGCAAUCCCGCGAUUGUUUUGCGAUGUUGGCUAAAACGCAAUUUCGGUUGAAUCGGUUAGCGGUGCAGGCAGGAGAUAAAGGCAUCCAAACACGAAGUCCUCAUAAAUUGAUGUUGGCCAAAAAAUCCAUCAAGUUGAGGUUGAAUCUGCGAAAGAGACAUUAUCAGUUGACGUUUAUUUUUCACCAAAUGAUAAGGAUUAUGUUCAAUUCGCCCUACAAUAGUGAUGUGGUGUUCGAUAGUGCGUUGCAACUUUGUAGCUUGUAUAAUGAUGCCGUUUCGUGCGCCAUGCAAUUUCACGCGUCAUCGGGAGCGCAAGUUUGUAGCAGGUUCUUUCCGCCGUUGCUGAUUACGCCGAAAAAGUUGGAUAUUAGCAUGAUUUUGCAGAUCGUUUCAAAACGCCGCGCCGAACAAUGUUGCCUGUCUCUCAUCAACUGCAUGCUCACAACUUGCAAAAACGAACUCGAUCCCAGUGACGAAUCCGAAUGUUCCAGCAUUGAAAUUCUUCGAGCUCUCACGGAACAUCUAAAGGCUCCUCCGCAAAAACGACGUCCGUCACAAGCUCUUUCCGUUACUUUUCAACAAGGACAGCACGUUGACGAGGACGAUGACGACGACAUCGAUGACAUGUACUUUUCAGCUAAAAAAAAAAGCAAUAACAAAAGUAAGUCUCCAGCCACUAGUGCUUCAUCCAAAAAAAUUUGCGAUUACGCCGCGAAAGAAAACACAAAUAAACUCGUUACUGCCGAGAAAAGUAACCAAACUGAGCAGAAAAUUGAGUCGAAUGUCGAGUUGGAUGAGGAACUAAAAUACACGUCAAAGGUCUUCGAUACGAUGUCCAAAGAAGCUCUGCAACAAGCAACGAUGGCAGUUAGUGUGAUGUUAGCGGAGCCAGAUGAGAAUGAGUUGCUCGAAAAUUUGAUCGUUGAUGAGGAAAUUUAUAUCGCGAAUGUUUUAAUGAAGUGUGUCAAAUUUUGUCCGAGUAUUUUUGAGGGACCAGCGAUGAAUAAGGAAGAGAUGCAAAAAUGGGUGCAAAAAGGCUCGAGAGGUAUUUGGACUCAUGUUGGAGGUACGUUGGAACAUGUCGUGCUUUGGUGGAAUAUUUCUCCGUUGGCAUGUCGACCUGCGGGAUGUGCAAAGUAUUUGAGGGAAUGGUUAAUGUUGUUGGCUCCCGAGGAUGCUCCUGAACCAAUUCUCAGCACCCUUAAAGGCUUGGGAGAAACGUUAUCCGUUCACGUCAUGGAAUCCGUAUGGGAUAAACAAUUUCGCCUCGCUCUCGUAUCGUCAAGCCUCAACAUCGACUACAACUACGAAAAUACGGAAUUCGCAAAUACUCACGCUCAUUCCAACCAGAAUACCGUUUGCGGUCGCCUGUGGAGUGAACUUUUCUACAGCUUAGUUGCCAUCGCCAACAGUUGUGAUCGGAAUGGGACAAUAGCGAGUGAGUUGCCGAUCGUCGAACAAAUUCCCGUACUUCACAGAAUGGAUCAUUCCAUCCACACAGUCCGUAUUUGGUGUCUUACGCGCUGCAAACAACUUUGUUCCGAAUGGAAUAUGAAGUAUUUCUUCUUGGUCCAAAACGACAUUUUGCUCUGCUGGGAACAACUUCGAGAGCUACGAGUGCCCGACUUGGCUGAACCCACGUUGCUCGAGGUGCAAGAUACGACCUGCGUUGCCUUACGAGCGAAAGUUGUCGAAGAAAUCAAGGCAAAUCGUGACGAAUUGAAGGACACGGUGAAUGAUUGCACGGAUAUUCUCGCGGAAAUUUGUCGCAUUACGAGUCUGGCGACACUUUCACUGUGUUUUCCCAAUACGAAUAUCUGGCAAACGGAAAUCAAGCAACAUCGAGCGAACGAAUAUGUUUCGUACUUUUUGACGCAAUUGUUGCUGCCCGUGUUGGAAGCAACGCAAAAUUACGACACAAUUGGACUUGUUUUGAAAAUUAUGUGUGAGGCUUGGUUGGAUCACAUUUAUUGCAAAAAGAUCAAAUUCAGUCAUGUUGGAGCGAUGAACUUGCUGAAGGACUUUGACGGGGUUGCGGAUUGGUUAAACGAUUGUGACGCGGUGCAAGAUGAACAUCGGGACUUGUUGUCGAAGCACGAGGUGUUGAGGAUGUGUGAAGGAGUUGGAAAAUUGCUGCUGAGGAAACCAGAUGAAGUUAUUUCGAUGGAAACGACACCGAAGAAAAGACGUCGCAAGGGAGAAAAAGGUGACGACGAACCCCAACAACUGCCCCCUGAAAUGUUCGUUCCAAACCAACAACGAUGGCUUGAGUUACGGGCACGCACCAGAAAUCGCUUCGUCAAGUUCAUUCUUUGCCAUGGAGCUGAAGCCUUUUAAAAACAACUCAAAAAGUUCGAGAUUUUUUGAUUUAUUUCACAUUUCGUUCUUUAAUAGAAAAAUUUUGCGCCAUUUAAACUAAUAUUAAUAAAGGUAAUUGUUAUUCGUAGUUAACAUAAUAUCACAUUCGAAGGAAUACUUUGCUUU